CAGGCCAAAAUACUCAAUUCAACUGUAAUUCUAAAUCUUGACCCGAAAUUUCUACAUAUUUGUCUCCACUUUUGAAAUUUUACUUCAUUUCUACAUUUAAUUGCGUUAAUUACAGAGUAUUAUUCGAAUUCAGUUAAGGGAAUUGAUAAAGUAAUGGAUACGGAGAAAUUUGAGCCGUUGAAGAUUCAACUGCAACAGUGGUUAUAUGAAGUUGAAGAAUAUGUUCAUCAGAUACCCCCUACUCAACUUUAUGCUGCAGUUGGAGUUGUGCUAGUUACCUUUAUUUUGUUUCUAAUAAUUCGCAUUUUUAAACGUACAACAUCUAGUACGAUUUUACUCACUGGGCUCAGUGGAAGUGGCAAAACUUUCCUUUUCUACCAGCUUAGAGAUGGCUCGGCUCAUCAGGGUACUGUGACAUCAAUGGAACCAAAUGAAGAUAGUUUUAUACUACAUUCUGAGAGAGACAAGAAGGGGAAAACCAGACCUGUUCACAUUGUUGAUGUUCCAGGGCAUUCUCGUCUACGCCCGAAACUAGAUGAGUUUUUGCCUCAAGCAGCUGGAAUUGUGUUCGUGGUGGACUCAGUGGAAUUUUUACCGAAUAGCCGUCCUGCUGCAGAGUACCUGUAUGAAAUACUCACAAAAGCAACUGUCAUCAAGAAAAAGAUUCCAGUACUUCUCCUGUGCAACAAGGUUGAUAAAAUAACUGCACAUACAAAGGAGUUCAUAAGGAAACAGCUGGAGAAGGAAAUAGACAAGCUUCGUACAUCAAGAACUGCAGUAUCUGAGGCAGACAUUUCUGACGAGUUUACGCUUGGAGUACCUGGAGAACCAUUUGUAUUUUCUCUGUGCUGUAACAAAGUAAUUGUUGCUGAAGCUUCUGGUUUGACCGGUGAAAUUUCUCAGUUGGAACAGUUCAUCAGGGAGAAUGUAAAACCUUGACUCGAUAGGCGGUUAAUUUAGUUUCUUUUUCCUUUCCUUUUCGCCCUCAUUAGAGUAUGGACGUGGAAGAAAAAAGACGCGUUGAUGAGAUGAUCAAGUUUGAAAUAGAAUUAGACAGUUUUUUCUCUAUCUUUCCCCUUUUUUCUCUCGUGUAUUUUGAUUCAUUCAACUUUAUUAGUUUGAUGUGUCUUGAAAAAUUUCUUGUUAAUGGUAAAUGUUUAGCUCCCAUUUGAGAUU